ACGUCAUGCUAUUUUUGUCUUUGAAUAGCUCAUCAACACGAUCGCCUCAGAGAUCGGAGAACUGAAACGGGAGAUGGUACAGACAGAUGUCAGCCUGGAAAAUGGCCUGGAACCUUCUGAAAUCCACAGAACCGGGGAAUUGUCGGUGCCGUGUCACAGUGACGGAGAGAGUAACACGGUGAACCCUCCCGUGCGUGAAGUAGAAGUCAGUGUAGCCCUGUCAGUCUCCAGGAGGCUUAAAGGGGAGCAGCUAAAGAGGAUGGACCCAUUUUGCAUUCUCAGCAUGGUGAGACACAAGGAUGAUUGUGGCUAUUCUGAAGACAAGGAUGGGAAGACAUGUCCCCGAGACUCUGGCUAUGACAGCCUCUCCAACAGGCUCAGCAUUCUGGACCGGCUCCUUCACACCCACCCCAUAUGGCUGCAGCUGAGUCUGAGUGAGCAGGAAGCCGCAGAGGUCCUGCAGGCCCAGCCUCCAGGGAUCUUUCUGGUUCGUAAAUCCUCCAGGAUGCAGAAGAAAGUCCUCUCCCUUCGCCUGCCCCGUGAGUUUGGAGCGCCUUUCAAAGAGUUUGCUAUAAAGGAGAGCAUAUAUACCUUUUCCCUGGAAGGCUCAGGAAUCAGCUUUGCGGAUUUAUUCCGGCUCGUUGCUUUCUACUGCAUCAGCAGGGACGUUCUGCCAUUCACCUUGAAGUUGCCUUAUGCCAUUUCAGCAGCCAAGACGGAGUCUCAGCUUGAAGAACUAGCCCAGCUGGGACUAAAUUUUUGGAGCUCCUCGGCAGACAACAAACCCCCAAACUCCCCACCUCCCCAUAGGCCUCUUUCUUCAGCCGGCAUCUGUCCUGCCUCCUUGCGUCAGCUCUGCCUUAUAAAUGGAGUGCAUUCUAUAAAAACCAGGACGCCUUCGGAGCUGGAGUGCAGCCAGACCAACGGAGCCUUGUGUUUUAUUAAUCCUCUUUUCUUGAAAGUGCACAGCCAGGACCUCAGCACAGGCCCAAAGCGGCCAAGCACAAGGACUCCCAACGCGAAUGGCACGGAGAGGCCUCGGUCCCCCCCACCCAGGCCCCCGCCACCCGCUAUUAAUAGUCUGCACACAAGCCCUGGGCUAUCCAGGACUGAACCUCAGACGAGCAUGCCAGAAACAGUCAACCAUAGCAAACAUGGGAACGUAGCUCUGCUUGGAACAAAACCAACUCCCAUCCCUCCACCCCGGCUGAAGAAGCAGACUUCUUUUCUGGAAGCGGAAGGCAGCGCCAAGACCUUGACCGCCUGCCGGCUAGGCCUGAGACUGGAGCCGGAGCCAGAGCUGGAGCUGGAGCCAGAGCCGGAGCUGGGCACAGCUGGGCACGCAGGUGGAGCCCCGCCUAGGGACGCCCCCGGGGAUUGCACAAGGGCGCCGCCGCCCGGUUCUGAAUCACAGCCGCCCCCGUGCCAUGGAGCCAGGCAGAGGCUGAGCGACAUGAGCCUUUCCACUUCCUCCUCCGACUCGCUGGAGUUCGACCGGAGCAUGCCCCUGUAUGGCUACGAGGCCGACACCACCAGCAGCCUGGAGGACUACGAAGCGGAGAGUGACCAGGAGACCAUGGCACCUCCCAUUAAGUCCAAAAAGAAGAGGAACAGCUCUUUUGUGCUGCCCAAGCUUGUCAAGUCCCAGCUGCGAAAGAUGAGCGGGGUGUUCAGCUCCUUCAUGACCCCUGAGAAGCGCAUGGUCCGCAGGAUCGCUGAGCUGUCCCAGGACAAAUGCACCUAUUUCGGGUGCCUGGUGCAGGACUAUGUGAGCUUCCUGAAAGAAAACAAGGAAUGCCAUGUGUCCAGCACCGACAUGCUGCAGACCAUCCGGCAGUUUAUGACCCAAGUCAAGAACUAUUUGUCUCAGAGCUCUGAACUGGACCCCCCUAUCGAGUCACUGAUCCCAGAAGACCAAAUUGACGUGGUGUUGGAGAAGGCCAUGCACAAAUGCAUCCUGAAGCCCCUCAAGGGCCACGUGGAGGCCAUGCUGAGGGACUUCCACACGGCUGAUGGCUCCUGGAAACAACUUAAGGAAAACCUGCAGCUCGUGCGGCAGAGGAGCCCGCAGGAGCUGGGGGUCUUUGCCCCGACCCCUGAUUUGGUGGAGCUGGAGAAAAUCAAGCUGAAGUUCAUGACCAUGCAGAAGAUGUACUCCCCAGAGAAGAAGGUCAUGCUCCUGCUGCGCGUCUGCAAGCUCAUCUACACUGUCAUGGAGAAUAACUCAGGGAGGAUGUACGGUGCGGAUGACUUCCUGCCAGUCCUGACCUACGUCAUAGCUCAGUGUGACAUGCUUGAAUUAGACACUGAAAUCGAGUACAUGAUGGAGCUCCUGGACCCGUCCCUGCUGCAUGGAGAAGGAGGCUAUUACCUGACAAGCGCCUAUGGAGCACUGUCUCUAAUAAAGAAUUUCCAAGAAGAACAGGCUGCAAGGCUGCUCAGCUCAGAGGCCAGGGACACCCUGAGGCAGUGGCACAAGCGGAGAACCACCAACCGGACCAUCCCCUCUGUGGAUGACUUUCAGAAUUACCUCCGAGUUGCCUUCCAAGAGGUCAAUAGUGGAUGCACUGGGAAGACCCUCCUCGUGAGGCCAUACAUCACCACAGAAGAUGUGUGUCAGCUGUGUGCUGAGAAGUUUAAGGUGGAGGAGCCUGAGCAGUACAGCCUCUUUCUCUUUGUCGACGAAACGUGGCAGCAGUUGGCAGAGGACACUUAUCCUCAAAAGAUCAAGGCUGAGCUGCACAGCCGGCCUCAACCCCACAUCUUCCACUUUGUCUACAAGCGAAUCAAGAGUGAUCCUUACGGUGUGAUUUUCCACAAUGGGGAAGACCUCACUCCCUCAUAGAGGACACGUGGGACUUCCCAUUGGUACAUCCAGAAGGGAGCUAGGAGUCUAGCCUUCUGGCUGCCACAGGUUUGAGCUUGGAAGGCAGCCACCUCCUCAAGGGCCCCUCAGUUCAGUGACUAAGCCAUCUAUAGGCUGACUUGGCCAAGGGCAUCUUUUAGACGAGGUAGCUGAGGUUCAUGAAACAGUAAGAUUCCCUCCAGCAUUGGUGAAUUGCAUUUGAUGGCUCAGAUGUCCUGAGACCGCUGGCUACUUCGCCUUAGCCAGCUUCUGGGUUGGCUUACGUUUAUGUAUAUGUGCCGAGAAACACUUAAAGUACAAACUCUUCUCUUGGACUCGAUAGCAGGUGUUGACAAGACUCUCCGAUGCAGUGGGUCAGGUACCUCUCAGCUCCGUGGGUGGCUCCGUCCUCCCCUCUUCCUCCUUUCUUCCAUCCUUCAUUCUAUACUUUUUUUUUUUUUUU